ACAGUGCAAAACUCGAAACUAGUUCGAUACUGAUAAAUGGCUUCUGGUAGCAAAGCAACUUAUGCUCACCAAAGCCAUUCUUCAGGGGGAAGCAACAUCCGAUCCCACCAAGGAGACUCCGUAAACAAAGCCAUUGCACAGUACACCGUCGAUGCUCGCCUCCAUGCCGUCUUCGAACAAUCCGGCGAGUCCGGUAAGUCCUUCGAUUACUCCCAAUCCGUUAAAACCACCACACAAUCUGUCCCCGAACAGCAAAUCACCGGCUACUUGUCCAAAAUUCAGAGGGGCGGUCACAUACAGCCCUUCGGCUGUAUGAUUGCAGUCGAUGAGUCCACUUUCAGGGUCAUUGCUUACAGCGAAAACGCCACCGAAAUGCUCGACCUUAAUCCGCAGUCAGUCCCCACCCUUGAGAAACCCGAGACCCUCACGGCUGGUACUGAUGUCCGUACAAUUUUCACACCAUCCAGCUCUCUUCUCCUUGAGAAGGCCUUCAGUGCUCGGGAAAUCACGUUAUUGAAUCCCCUCUGGAUCCAUUCCAAGAUUUCUGGGAAACCCUUCUACGCCAUCUUGCAUAGGAUUGAUGUGGGAAUUGUAAUUGACUUGGAGCCUGCGAGGGCUGAGGACCCAGCUCUGUCAAUUGCUGGUGCCGUGCAGUCACAGAAGCUCGCUGUCCGUGCCAUCUCCCGUUUACAGUCGCUCCCCGGUGGGGAUAUCAAGCUUCUUUGUGAUACUGUGGUUGAACACGUCCGGGAGCUCACCGGUUAUGACCGGGUUAUGGUGUAUAAGUUCCAUGAUGACGAGCAUGGUGAGGUUGUGGCCGAGAGCAAGCGACAAGACUUGGAGCCUUAUAUCGGUUUACACUAUCCUGCUACUGACAUCCCCCAGGCCUCGAGGUUCUUGUUCAAGCAAAACCGGGUCAGAAUGAUUGUCGACUGCCAUGCCUCUCCUGUUCGGGUUAUUCAGGAUGAAGAUCUAAUGCAGCCUCUGUGCUUGGUUGGUUCAACGCUCCGGGCCCCACAUGGGUGCCACGCUCAGUACAUGGCCAACAUGGGCUCGAUCGCCUCACUAGCUCUGGCAGUAAUUAUCAAUGGGAGUGAUGAUGAGGGUACUUCUGGACGUAACUCUAUGAAGCUUUGGGGCCUUGUUGUGUGUCACCACACUUCUGCUCGAUGCAUCCCAUUCCCCCUCCGUUAUGCCUGUGAAUUCCUUAUGCAGGCCUUCGGGCUUCAACUCAAUAUGGAAUUGCAAUUAGCUUCUCAAUUGUCAGAGAAGCACGUUUUGCGGACCCAAACUCUUUUGUGUGACAUGCUUCUCCGGGGUUCCCCCACUGGAAUUGUCACCCAGAGCCCCAGCAUCAUGGAUCUUGUCAAGUGCGAUGGGGCUGCUCUCUACUUCCAAGGCAAGUAUUAUCCGCUUGGAGUCACCCCUACUGAAGCCCAGAUAAAGGACAUUGCCGAGUGGUUGUUGGCUCAUCAUGGGGACUCUACAGGUUUGAGCACAGACAGCUUAGCUGAUGCUGGAUACCCUGGGGCAGCCUCCCUUGGUGAUGCAGUUUGUGGAAUGGCUGUGGCUUAUAUCACUUCUAAAGAUUUCUUGUUCUGGUUCCGCUCCCAUACUGCCAAAGAAAUUAAGUGGGGAGGAGCAAAGCAUCACCCAGAGGAUGAGGAUGAUGGACAGAGGAUGCACCCACGCUCUUCAUUUAAGGCGUUCUUGGAAGUGGUUAAGAGCCGCAGUUUACCUUGGGAGAAUGCCGAGAUGGAUGCAAUUCACUCAUUGCAGCUUAUACUGCGAGACUCGUUUAGAGAUGCUGAGGGGAGUAAUUCUAAGGCUGUGGUCAAUACCCAGCUUGGGGAAGUGGAAUUGCAGGGAGUGGAUGAGCUUAGCUCAGUUGCUAGAGAGAUGGUUAGGCUGAUAGAGACUGCAACUGCUCCGAUUUUUGCUGUGGACUCCCAUGGCUGUAUAAAUGGGUGGAAUGCAAAGGUUGCAGAGCUUACAGGUCUCUCAGUUGAGGAAGCUAUGGGGAAGUCACUGGUUCAGGACCUUGUUCAUAAAGACUCUGCAGAGGUUUCUGACAAGCUGCUAUUUCGUGCUUUAAGAGGUGAAGAAGAUAAAAAUGUAGAAAUAAAGCUCAGGACAUUUGGUUCACAACAGCUUAUAAAGGCUGUCUUUGUAGUUGUCAAUGCCUGCUCUAGCAAGGACUACAUGGGUAACAUUAUUGGGGUUUGCUUCGUUGGUCAGGAUGUCACUGGUCAGAAAGUGGUAAUGGACAAGUUCAUCCAUAUACAGUGUGAUUACAAGUCUAUUGUACAAAGCCCCAACCCUCUGAUACCACCUAUAUUUGCGUCAGAUGAUAAUAUGUGUUGUUCAGAAUGGAACACAGCCAUGGAAAAGCUCACUGGGUGGGGAAGAGGGGACAUCAUCGGGAAGAUGUUGGUGGGGGAGGUUUUUGGCAGUUGCUGUCGACUUAAAGGCCCAGAUGCUAUGACUAAAUUUAUGAUUGUGUUGCACAAUGCAAUCGAAGGGCAAGAGACAGACAAGUUUCCGUUUGCCUUCUUUGACCAGAAUGGGAAAUAUGUGCAGGCUCUCUUGACAGCAAAUAAGAGGGUUAAUAUGGAGGGCCAGAAUAUUGGUGCGUUCUGUUUUGUGCAGAUUGCAAGCCCAGAACUGCAGCAAGCUCUGGAAGUGCAGAGGCAUCAAGAGAGGAAACGCUUUGCAAGGAUGAAAGAGUUGGCCUACAUUUGCCAGGAAAUAAAGAAUCCUCUAAGUGGGAUACAGUUUACUAAUUCACUGUUGGAGGCUACGGACUUAACUGAGGAUCAGAAGCAGUUUCUUGAGACUAGUGCUGCUUGUGAGAAGCAGAUGCUGAAGAUAAUUAGGGAUGUUGAUCUGGAAAGCAUUGAUGAUGGUUCCUUGGAGCUUGACAAGGCUGAAUUUUUACUUGGGAGUGUUAUAAAUGCUGUUGUUAGCCAAGUAAUGAUACUGCUGAGGAAGAGAGGUUUACAGUUGAUCCGGGACAUUCCAGAGGAAGUCAAAACACUGGCUGUUUAUGGUGAUCAAAUAAGAAUUCAACAAUUGUUGGCUGAUUUCUUGUUGAAUAUGGUACGGUAUGCACUGUGUCCAGAAGGUUGGGUGGAAAUUCAUGUUUGUCCUAGUUUGAGGCAGAUCUCAGAUGGAACAGAGCUUGUGCAUCUUGAGUUCAGGAUGAUGUGCCCAGGGGAAGGCCUUCCUCCAGAAAUUAUCCAAGAUAUGUUCCAUAGCAGCCGGUGGGUAACCCAGGAAGGCUUGGGCCUGAGCAUGUGCAGGAAGAUUCUAAAGCUAAUGAAUGGUGAAGUCCAAUAUAUCAGGGAGUCUGAAAGAUGUUACUUCCUCAUAAUCCUCGAACUUCCCAUGCCUCGGAGAGCUUCCAAGAGGGUGGACUAGUUUCUUCCAUUCUGACUCACUGGACUUCAGAUAAUUUAUCACGCAGCCUGCUGCCUUGUUUCUGCAAUUUCCAGGCUGCAUGAUCCCUGGCUCACAAUGUUGCUAAGUACAAGCUUGACUUGGCUGAUGAGUAUGUAGGAAACACUCAAAAAGAGCUACAUUGGAUAUUCUAAUUCACUUUACUGGUCUGUGGCCUGGAGAGAAGCUGAAACCUACUGUUGUACAAGUAGUUAUUACUCUCUUGUCUGUGUACGAAUCUAGGAUAACACUGAUGGGGGUUGUGCCAGCUUCUAAUGCAAAUGUGAUGGUGCGAUAUGUCAUUCAUCUGAAAGUCCCAAAUGGGAUGCAAUUAUAUUUUUGUGAUGGCUGUGUGGGGGCUUAUGUUGUAUUACUUUCUGUGGGUAUUGAGUUUGGAAUUGAUGUGGUGGCAUCAUUCCUUAUGUUAACCUUGUGUAUGGUUUCUUACUUGUAUGAUGGUUUUCCUGUUCAACAAUAUGUAAUGGAAGUUCUACAGCUUCUAGGAUUAUUACCUGAUGCCUCCAAGGCCUUGUUGUGCCCUUUGUCUAUAAAACCUAUUGUACUUGCCUGACAUCCUUUGUCAAUAUUUAUGUAACAUUUGAAUCGUCUGAAAAUAUGAUCUGUGAGAAAUUGUUU